CGAUUACCCGGAUGCACUAACACUUUCGCCUACACAGCUCGCACCCCAGCUCUUCCAAGCCCGCAUCACCGCAUCACCGCAGCUCCCCACACACACCCACACACAAUGGCCACACCACCCACCGCCCCGCAAAAGGGCCACUCGCGAACAAUUUCCACAGACGAGCGCCGGGUGCUCGUCCCCCGGCGCCGCACCAAAGGCCCACUAGACUUCGACGACCUCCCAUCGGCCUCCGCCAGCACCCCCACAUCCUCCAACCCCGCCUUACCUCCCGCCGCCACCACCCCACCCCCGCCCACCCUCCAAGACAAGGACCUUUCCUUCCUGCUACAACCCACGAACUUCCACCCCCUCCCGACCAGUUCCCUCCUCCCGCCCUUCCUGUCCCUCCCGGCGCCCCCCACCGCCACCCCCACCGCCCUCCUCUCAACGCUACACUUCCGCGCAGCAGCCAUCGCCUCCGCCGCAGCGCUCACCUCGUCCCCCCCGCCCCCAUCCAACCAGCAAAUCCUCACACUAUGGUACACGCGCCUCCUGAGCCUAUGCCUGUGCCACCAAUCCACGCUCGCAGCACAAGAGCUCUCCGCCUUCCGCGACGUCACCGCGCCCUUCUAUCUCGACGCGGACACGGGACGCAGCAUUCUCCCGUGGGAGCUGCGCGUUCUCGCUGUCGCACUCGGCGAGCGCUCCGAUCCCCGCCGCGCAAUCGGCGCGUACUACGAGCUGGCGGGUGAGUGCCGCUCUUGCGCGGCGGAUGCAGCGCUGGCGGUAGAAGAGCGCCGGCUGUGGCGCGCGAGGCUACAAGACCUCGGCGUCAGAGUUGCGAAUGCGCUCGUCGCGCUGGGGGAUCUGGCGGCUGCGGUGCGGCACCUGAAGGGCUUGAGGGGGAAGGGGGAAGGCAUACUGCCGCUGUUGAUGGUGCGCGUGGGAAUGCUAGAGGAGGCGCGGGAGCUGGCCGGAGACGAUGAGGUGCUUGAGGCGCUGCUGAGAAUGGCGGAUGGUGAGUGGGAGGCGGCCGCGGAGGUGUGGAAAAGGCUGCCGAAAGAUGAGGUUACAGUCUGUAAUGCUGCUGUUUGUGAGCUGUAUCUCGCUAGGCUGGAUAAUGCGAGAGCAAUGCUUGAGGGCUUGCUAGACGAGGGAACGGUGUUCUCGGGGCUGAUCUUUAAUCUCGCGACGGUUUUUGAGCUGUGCGGUGACUCGGCAAAACAGUUGAAGCUGGGCCUGGCAGAGAAGGUCGCCGGCAUGGGCAGGGAGUUUACUAAUCCGUCGUUUAAGAUGUGAGAGAUGUGAGAGGGGAUGGGAAUUGGUCACGUUUUAUGGGAAGGAAUUGGGGACUUGGAUACACUGUGCAGAAGCAGUCGCUCGAUAUGGGAGCAAAGUGCCCUGUUAUCAGCUUCAUACGGGUUGGACUUGGCAUGUAGAGAACCAUCCUCAUAGACGAAUGCCAUUCAU